UUAUAGCUACUGUAAAUUAGACGGUGCAGUUAGAUUAAAAAGAACUGAAGCUUUCUACCAAUAUCAGAUUUGUCUAUGUCCUGGGUAUUGUUCUUGUUACUUACAACCUCAUGCUAAUCGCAUUAGCCUACGUUAGCUCAACCGUCCUGUGGAUGGGACACCGAUCUCGAAGACGUUUUUAAGGAUCGUAGCACCUCCACCUUACCUGACACCCUAGACCCACUUCAAUUUGCAUACCGCUCCAAUAGAUCCAUAGAAGAAGCAAUCGCCAUCGUAUUGCAGACUGCUCUAUCCCAUCUGGACAAGAGGAAUAUCUAUGUAAGAAUGCUGUUCAUUGACUAUAGCUCAGCAUUCAACACCAAAGUACCCUCCAAGCUCAUCAUUAAGCUCGAGGCCCUGGGUCUGAACCCCGCCCUGUGCAACUGGGUCCUGGACUUUCUGACGGGCCGCCCCCAGGUGGUGAAGGUGACUGGGUGAACAAGGAGCACAGGAGGGGGCUGAGCAUGCACCCAUCCCCCCCAGUGUUGAGGAUCAGCAGAGUGGAGGUGAUGUUUCCUACCUUUACCACCUGGGGGGCGGCCCGUCAGGAAGUCCAGAACCCAGUUGCACAGGGCGGAGAGGAUUUAAAAAAAUGAAGGAUCUCUACAGGGAGAUCCUUAAUAAAACCUGCUCAGGACCUCAGACUGGGGCAAAGGUUCACCUUCUAACAGGACAACGACCCUAAGCACAUAGCCAAGACAACGCAGGAGUGGCUUAGGGACAAGUCUCUGAGUGGCCCAGCCAGAGCCCAAACUUGAAUCCAAUUUGAAAUUCUCUGGAGAGACCUGAAAAUUGUUGGCAUAGCUUGAGAGGAUCUGCAGAGAAGAAUGGGAGAAACUCCCCAAAUACAGGUGUGCCAAGCUUGUAGCGUCACACCCAAGAAGACUUGAGGCUGUAGUCGCUGCCAAUUGUGCUUCAACAAAGUACUGAGUAAAGGGUCUGAAUACUUAUGUAAAUGUUUUAAAAAUAUUUUUUAAAUUAGCUAACAUUUCUAAAAACCUGGUUUUGCUUUGUCAUUAUGGGGUAUUGUGUGUAGAUUGAUGAGAAUUAAAAUAUAUAUAUAUAUAUAUUAGAAUAAGGCUGUAACUUAACAAAAUGUGGAAUAAGUCAAGGGGUCUGAAUACUUUUCGAAGGCACUGUAUGUUCUGCAGAAGAAAGUCAACGACUGCCAGUAAAAAUGUGUCUUAUGCAUACCGUUAACUUGAAUAAGUUUAACCCAGUGUUAACCAGCCCGCCACACACUAAUAGAGACUACAACCCUGUUGACAUUACCCAAUCCAUUUACCGGUGCGUAUCGGAACAGUAAUAUGUCCUUUACAUUUUUAAUAUUGAGAUUUAUUUUUAAAUGUAAAAAUAUAAUGACAUCAAUUAUGUAAGGAUUGUAUAGGCCUACUCUAGUGUUGGGUUUCAUUCAAGUCCUUUAUCCUUACCCUACAUUAGAUCUAUUCAUAUUUGUUUUCUGAUAUGUACCUCAAUGACUUUGCCUUUAUUUCUAAAAUGUGUUUGAAGGCAUACUGGAGGGGUGGCUGAUGGGUUGAGGGGAGACAAAAAUGGGAAACGUACAAUAUCUUAAUAUUUUAUUAACUCUGAAUAAAAAUAUGAUAUAUAAAAAAAGGCAACGUGAGAGGAUAAUUUAUUGUCAGACAUACUGUGUCGUCGUACUUUGAAGUGUAACCUGGAGUGAAUGAGUCAGGUAGUUUAUUGUUAACACACAGCCAGAGCUUUAAACUUCUGCAUCCCUUGGAAUCUAGCAUUUAUGAUGAUGAUGAUGAUGAUGAUGAUGAUGAUGAUGAUUGCACAAUGUAAGGACUGAAGUCAUGGCACAGUGACCCCUCACUUACUUACACUAGCUCACCCUCUCAUACCUUCACACACACUCUCUCGCAUUAACACAUGCCCGCUUGCUCUGAGGACUAAUCGAAUGAGAGCGCAGCGUCUCACCAGAUCUCCUUAACUCUCCUCCCUCUGCAGGAAGCUGCCAGUUACUCAGACAGGACAGUUCAGAUCAGCUGGUAUUGGGUGUAUCGUCAAAAGGCACGUUGUGUGAAAGAAAGUAUUGCAUUUUUGACUGGUAGAUUAGUGAAAGUGAUGAAGAGUGCGGUGGGUCCUGAUGUUUUGACAGUUGAUAAUACAAAUAUUGUCAGUAAGUAGUGCAAAUGAUGUGUAGGAUAAAGUUUGGUAUUAUAAUGUACACUGAUACUGUUAAAACAAUAACCUAGUUAUAUUAGAUGUUUUGAAUUAUUAUUUCUGUGGUAACUGUGUUAUGAAAACCACUUUUUGUUGUUGCAGGUCUUCCCUUUGCCUUCUACAGGGGUUUAUGAUUGGUGCCUAUGAGGAAGACACUCCCACAGCUUGGCUAUUAUUAAGUUCCAGGUUCUGUGUGAGACAUCCAACCUCAGACCACCGUUCGCCAGCCCAACCACCGACACGCAUUUAUCCUUCCACUUCGGUGUCUGGGAGGAGACAUAUAGGUGAGUGUCCACUAACACCGUCCUCAUCCGCCCGGGCUGCGCCACCCACGGCCAACCCCACCUCAUUCCCAGCCCCUCACCCCGCGGCAUCAUGGGGGACGUAGUCCAGAUGCACUUCUCCACGCCGGACUAUGUGAUCUUCGCCCUGCUGCUGGUGGCGUCCACGUGCAUCGGCCUGUUCUACGCCCUGUCCGGCGGGCGCCAGCGCACCACGCAGGAGUUCCUAUUGGCCGACCGUUCUAUGAGCUGCCUGCCCGUGUCGCUCUCACUGCUCGCCACCUUCCAGUCGGCCGUGGCCAUCCUGGGAGUGCCCUCGGAGAUCUACACCUACGGAACGCAGUACUGGUUCAUGGGAGUCUCCUACUUCCUGGGUCUGCUUGUCCCCGCCCACGUCUUCAUUCCUGUCUUCUACAGGCUCUGCCUCACCAGCGCUUAUGAGUAUUUGGAGCUGCGCUUCAAUAAGACGGUUCGCAUCAUGGGCACCGUGACCUUUAUCUUUCAGAUGGUGAUCUAUAUGGGAGUGGUCCUCUAUGCACCAGCACUCGCACUCAAUGCAGUGACUGGAUUUGACCUCUGGGGGGCAGUGCUGGCCAUGGGUCUGGUGUGCACCCUGUACACAACAUUAGGAGGGCUGAAGGCAGUCAUCUGGACAGACGUGUUCCAGACCAUUGUGAUGUUUGCUGGCCAACUCGCGGUCAUCAUAGUGGGGGCCCACCAGGCAGGAGGCAUGGGAGAGGUGUGGAGGAAAGCCAUCAACGGCAGCCGCAUCGCUAGUCUGGAUCUGAACCCUGACCCGACGGAGAGGCACACGUUCUGGACGCUGGGGGUGGGCGGGGUGUUCCUCAUGCUGGCGCUGUACGGGGUCAACCAGGCCCAGGUCCAGAGGUACCUCAGCUCCCGCACUGAGGGGGAGGCGGUCAUGUCGUGCUACGUGGUGUUUCCCUGCCAGCAGCUGGUGUUGUGUCUGGGCUGUCUGAUGGGCCUGGUGAUGUUUGCUCGCUACGGUGAGGAUAGCCCACUGGAUAAGGGUUACGUCAAAACCAACGACCAGAUGGUGCUGUACUUUGUGAUGGAUGUGUUCAGGGACCUGCCUGGCCUACCAGGGCUGUUUGUCGCCUGCCUGUUCAGCGGAGCUCUCAGUACCAUCUCAUCAGCGUUUAACUCCCUUGCGACGGUAACCAUGGAGGACCUAAUCAAGCCUUACUGCCCGGACAUGACUGAGGCCAAAGCCACACUGCUCUCAAAAGGCCUGGCGUUUGCCUACGGGCUGGUGUGUCUGGCCAUGGCCUACACCGCGUCUCACAUGGGCUCAGUGCUGCAGGCAGCAUUAAGUAUCUUUGGGAUGGUGGGUGGUCCUCUCCUCGGCGUCUUCUGUCUGGGAAUGUUCUUCCCCUGCGCUAACUCCACUGGUGCGAUAGUAGGGUUGGUGGCAGGCCUGGUUAUGUCGUUCUGGAUUGGCAUUGGUCAUUUCGUGUCCCGUAUGGCGCUGCCCACUACUCUGCCCCCCAUCAUCAACGGCACCGCUAUGCCCCUCCCCGGCAACAUGACCACUGCUGUCAUGACCACCCUCAUUACCUCGAUCACCGCCAAACCAAAGCCUACGGGUGUGCAGGCCCUGUACAAUCUAUCCUAUUUGUGGUACAGUGCCCACAACUCUACCACUGUGGUGAUAGUGGGACUGAUAGUCAGCCUGUUGACUGGUCCUAUGAAGGAGAAGGACCUGCUCCCAGGGACGGUGUACCCUGUCCUGGGCAACCUGCUCUUCUUCCUGCCUGAACGCUACAGGGAGAUACUCUGCUGUGUCACCCCACUGCCGCAGAAGCCCAAAGCUAUCGACACGCAUCCUUACCAGAUGGCUCGGAAGGAGAGCAAUGGAGUGUCCCAUCCCAAAGAGAAGGAGAAGACUGAGGAGACGGAAAGAGAGAAGGAUGAGGACGAGGAGACAGCAACCCCUCAGCCUUCCUGCCGACUGGCUCACACGUUGCAGGAGACGGCCUUGUAGACCCCCCCCCCCCAACACACACACACAGCCCCCAGCCAAGCCCCAGCACUUUCACAAGCCCCCCCUACUGCGCAGCUUUCUUUGCCCCAGGGGAGAAGAUCCACAUAGGACCGGAGGGCAAUGGAGACCCAGGGUUCCUGGACAUGACUUCCAUCAAGGCACCAAGGUCAAUGUGGAGGAACAGGGAGUUUCACCUCUGACCCUUACUUCCUGGAAAAACUGAUACACCACAAAUCUCUGGUGGUUAAGAGAGUCAGAACCAGAGUCCUUUGCUAGAUUGAAGAAUAGUGUAAUAAAAUGCGGUUAGUGGAUGGGGGUCCAGGGGUAUCUUGAAUUCAUUAGUACCUCAUUAACGAUGGCACUGGUCAGUUGUCCUGAACUGAAGUAACUGGAAAUCACUAGUUAUGAAGCUGUAGUUUUGAUAAGAGCCAACAUGUCUGAAUCGAGGUGGAUUCCUGGAUGGAGAAAAACUAAAGUAACACAAGUGGCAAUCAUGCUCAGAGCUGAGGAGAAGUCUCGUUGGACUGAACCAAAGCCUGGACUGUGAUUGUGUCCAAUUAUGAUUGGAAGAUUGUGACCGCACAUGCUCGCAAUGAGUUGUUCCAAUGACUGUGAAAAUGGACCCAAGUCUUUCUGUUUAUGGAAGAGAAUCAGGUAGAGACCAGGCAGUGAAGAGCGAGGUACUUCAGAUGUAAUGUCACUGCAUGCUGUUUUUAUAGAGAAGAUUAA